AUGCGCCAAGUAAGUGGAUUCCAUUCGACUUCCCAUGGUCGCGGUGCAACACUCAACGUCGUGGAAAUCCAAUUCAGGAAGAACAUCGUAUGCGAGUACAGCCAGGCCGAUUCCAGUAGCAGUCCUGCAUCGGCCGCUGCAUCCGAUAAGUGGUGGUUCACCUCUCCGAGGCAGCAUAAUCGACCGGAUACCCAAUCCAUCGACUUUCCAACAUUGGUGUUUCUGGACCCCGGCCUUCUGCGGCAUGGACAAGUAGAGAUCGAGCGAGCUGCACCGCCGGUUCCGGCGCAUAUCUUGCGUCUUUUAGGCGAUAUGAACGAGGUUCGUGGCAUCGCCGCCAGGUUCUUCGAGCACAUCCACCGGUGGAUGCCCUUCAUUUCCAAGAUACGAUUCUACGAGCUUCACCUGCAGCCCACCUUUUCGUCCCAGUCCAAUGUCGUUCUGUUGCUACUAUCACUCAAACUCAUCACCACGAUUCCACCGGCUGAGUCGCAAAGUCCCCGGAGUGCCUUGUAUUCCACCGUGAAACAUUUCCAGCUCGAGGUCGAAGCCUCCGGCGCCUUAUCGAUACAAGUGCUGCAGGCCGGUGUCCUUAUAUCGCUGUAUGAACUCGGUCAUGGAAUCUAUCCCGCCGCCUUCUUAACCAUCGGGGCAUGUGCUCGUUAUGCAUACGCCCUCGGAAUCAGCGUCAGUCGAACGGUGUAUACGAAAAAGGUUCUCGCGUUAGUGGAAGCGGAAGAGCGGAGGAGAGUAUGGUGGGCGAUAGUCAUUUUAGACCGUUUCGUGAGUAUCGGCUGCCCCGGCAGGCCCUUUGCGACGGCGGAUCCGCAAUUAGAUGAUAUUUUACCGGCGGACGACAACGCAUGGGACCAAGGGAUCGUUCGACCCGAUGAUCUUUUCACCCUAUCGUCCCCGUUGGCAGGACACAUGAGCAAAUUUGCAUUGCUCUGUCAAGCCGCGCGAUUGCUCGGUCAGGUCCUACACCACGCGUCAAGUGAGACGACGGUCGACGACGAUGCCUGGGUGCAAUUAGAUCGGACCUUGCAGUCAAUGCUAGCUGCGGCACUCGAUCUAGACAAUCCAGACCAUGAUCAGAUCGCUUUUGUGUAUAGCGCAUUUAUUGCUUUGCAUACGAUGUGGCUUUCUCCUGAUGGAGCAACCACCCCGAAUACGGAUCGUGCUCAACGUGCAAGAGCCGUCAUCCAACAAAUCACCGACCAGAUCAGAGUUAAUCUCGUGGAGCGUCAAUGCUUUGCGGGUCGCGACCCGGAGGAUAUGUCACCAUGGGGCCUCUUUUUCGCAUAUCGGAUUUGUGUUGCCCACACGCGAUCGGCGCAAGAGAGCGCCAACUUAUCUGAGGUGGUGGAGAGAAUUAAGGAAACCAUUUUGGCCAUUCAUGCCCGGUGGAAUGUUGCAGGCGUUUAUCUGCAACUUCUGGAGGCACAAGAGGUUGCUACUCGCUUUUGA